AUGGACCCUCUGGAACCUGCCGCCGCGCCCAAUACCUGCCAGCACACGCUGCGCACUCGCCGAGGCGACUACCUGAUCCAAGCGUCGUGGCCGCCCGCCUGGGGCGAAGACAGGAAGAGUCCAACCGAUCGGCCGGUGCCUAUCGUCUACCUGGUCGACGGCAACGCCUACUUCUUCUCCGCCACCGAGCUGGUCCGCCGCAUCCGCCACCUCCCCAAUGGCGCCGGCAACGCCCUCGUCGUCGCUAUCGGCUACCCGGCCUUGCGCUCCGCCCUGCACCAGCCGCGCCGCUCGGCCGACCUGACGCCGCCCAGCCCCACCUAUGCGCCCGUGCUAGGACGCGAUGGCAAGCCUCUUGCCGCCGAACAUGGCGGCGCCGCAGAGUUUCUCGACGCCAUCGAGAAGGAAGUCGUCCCUUUCGUCGCCAAGAAGGUGUUUCCGGACGUGCGCAUCGGGCCGCAGGCGCUGUGGGGCCACUCGUACGGCGGCCUGUUCGCGCUGUACGCGCUGUUCACGCGGCCGCGCUUGUUCGAUACCGUCGUCGCGGCGAGCCCGUCGGUGUGGUGGAAUGAGCGGCGGAUCGUGCAGGUGGAGAGGGAGUACAGGCGUGGAAAGCGGAGAGGAGAGGAGGAGGAGGAGCAGAGGUCGCAUGCGCCGCAGCUGUUUGUCAUGUAUGGAUCUGACGAGCAGUUUCCGAAGCGCUUCCAUCAUGAGUCGGAGGAGGAGUUUGCGGUGAGGAAGAAGCUUGCGGCGGAAAGGCGGAUGAAGGACAAUGCCAUUGAGAUGGGUAGUCGGCUGAGGGAUAGCGGGCUUCUGAGGAAGGUCUGGCUCCAGGAGUUUCAGGAUGAAGACCAUGGAAGCGCGGCGCUGUGCGCUUUGAGCCGUGGGAUUACUGGCUUCCUUGAGGCGUGUAGUUACUAA